UAUUAAGACAAGUUAAGGGCUAUUUUACAUUACUGUUUUAAUUUCACUCUCUAACUUAAUUAUUCAUUUCAAUACGUAUUGGAUUAAACAUAAAACUCAUAGAUACACGUAAAAGAGUAGCAUCGGGGUAAUAAAUAUCGACGUGAGCCCAGUUGUCGGCUAAUGCCGCACUCGUAAGACUUCAAUUAGUCACUAUUGACAUAGUUCUGGGAGUCACAGCGGUACCGCCCUCUACUCCACACAUAGCUUAUGUUCCCAGCAAUUAAUUUGUCCAAGUUAUUCAAUCGAAUAUUUUUACUAUCAAAAAUUUACAUCUAGACAAGUGUAAUCGAAGUGCUUCCAAUAAAGUGAGUGCGUAAUGGUCUCCUGAACAUCGAAAUAAUAAAGUCAUUGAUGAGAAAUAAAUUAGAGAAGUUGCGACAGUGCAUAUUACGGAAAUCAGCCAAGAUGUUCAACUUGUAUCAGCAUAUGAAAGCGAAUAACGAGGGGAAGGAGCAGAAAGAACCAGAAACAACUGGACAUGACCGGUUUUAUCAGGAACGUCCUCGGAGUAGUUAUAGGAAGAAGAAGCGUCGUGGUGCGUGCAGGAGGGCGCAGUCUGCUGCCGAACUGAACCCUGAGUCCAUCGCUGCAGCCAACAAACGGAACGCGUUCAGAAUACGAUCAGUGUCUACUGACAGAGAAGAAAGCGAAGACGCUGGGAGACAGGACGAAGGCGAAGGAUCAUCGUGCGCUUGUAGCUCAAAAGAGAACUCUGAGCGUGCGCCGCUGGUAGCACAGAAGAUUGACUCUCUGGCUAAGCUGUUGUUCAACAAGUCGCUGAUUGGGACGGGAUCUGGGAAGUCUUCGCCGUCGGAACCUCCUGCGUCUCCAAGAGCCGGUGAUCGUUCGAUGGAGAGUUCAGCUGCAUUAGCCAUUUGCACAGAAUACUUGUCACAGUCACCCAGGUACGACUUGCUAUCUGCAUUAGGUUCUAUCGGGUCCCGAAUGAACAAGCACUGGUUCGCUAUACACGAUAACUCUAUUAAGACAGACAGACUUCUGACAUUGAUGCCAUUAACAUCAAAAUGUCCCAUUGAGCAAGGGGAACGUUCGAAAAUUCUGAUCAUGGAACUGUUCCGGGCUCUCCACCAUCCAUACAUAUACCCAGUCUUGGAUCUAGAACUGUGCAAUGGCCACGCUCUUACCGUCUUACCUUUUAACGCCAGAGGAAGCUUAAAAGAUCUAAUUUAUAAGAGCACAUGGAACGAAGAUUACACACGUAAGUAUGGGACGAUGGGGACCGGCCUGCCUGCGUGGCAAGUCGCAAGAUUCGGUCGACAAAUGCUAGAAGGACUGCUCUUCCUUAAAGAGAAAGGAUUUCCACCUUUCCGUCACCUACAUUCAGGCAAUGUUGUUGUUCAGAAUGGCGUUGCGAGGAUAUGUGGGUUGGAGAAUACCUUGAUUGGUGCGCAACCACGGUGUCCCAUAGCCCUGGCUGCACAGUUGGAGCACGUGGAAGCAUUGUCCCUGGGACACGUACUGUUCGAGAUGUGUGCCGGCACUGAGAUCGACUUGUCCUUGUUACCAGAUCUGUUGCCAAAUUAUCCUAAUGUGGUGGAGAUUAUCGAGCAGAUCUUCGGCCCUCGCACUCCUACACUGCAUGAGCUGCUACUCUGCGAACUCUUCAGGAAGAUCGACCUUCGAGAGAUGAAAGGAUCCUGCCUUCCGAACUUCAGCCAGCGUCUGUCUCGUUCGUGCCUGUCCCUGCUGGGCGAGGUGGCGCGACGCACGCCCGGCUCGCCGCGCACGCGCACUCCGCCGCGCCGCUCCGUGCCCGCCUCGCCAGCCUCGCCCGCCACGCCGACGCACAGGAGGAGACACUUCCCGGCAGACCAGGACUUCACUGAGGAGUGGCAGUGGUGAUCUAUUUGUAUUUCAAUCAAUAAAUGCUAUUCGUUACA